AUGCAGUCUUGUGCCAAGACGCUUGCCCGUUUCACCAAAAUACCUCGCAUCACAGUUCUGACAUGGUAUGCUGUGGACCACCGGUGAUUGUUCUGUCACUGGUAGCUGGUCUUUGGGCCCCAUUAUUUGCUGUCUGAUUGUUGACUCCGGUUUAUGAGCCACACCGAUCCCCAAAGGCUUCAGGAUUCUUGUUGUCGCCUCUGAUACGUUUUCCACAUAAGGGAUUGCGAGUCAAAAUUUUGGAGUUUUCUCCGCCCGACUGCUCAGGGUGGGGCUUCCUAAGACACUUGCGUAUGAAGGACUUGGGAAAACUGUUGGCUCCAUAUAGGGCGUGCAAGUACUUAAUCUCCUUUUUCCUCCCAUUGUCGUCGCUGUAGUGUGUUUGAAGGCGUUGGAGGAGGGUUCUAACAUAACUGCGUUUGUGACCAACGGGGUGGUUGCUUCUGAAGUGAAGGAUUCGCCUAGUGUUAGUUGCCUUACAGUAGACCAUUGUCCUCAUUUUCCCGUCUUCCAGCUUUGUCACUUGUGCGCCAAGGAAGGCUAGCCGAUUGCUGAGCUCUUCUUCCAUAGUAACCUGGAUGUCGGGAAAGAUUGAAUUCAACUGUGAAUUCAAUUUGCACAUCGCUCCUUUUGAUGAUGACGAAAGUGUUAUUGACGUAUCUGACCCAGAACUCCGAGGAGUACGAUCUGAAGACCAGCCGCUCGAGCCUUUGUAAAACCGCUUCGUCAAUUAAUCCAGACAGAGGCGAGCUCAUUGGUGUCCCCUUCCUUUGCUCGUAGACCUGGCUGUUGAAUGAAAAGAACGUCUUAAGACAUAGUUUUAGGAGCUCAGUGAUGUGAAGUCGAUUGAGCUGUUGAUCGGUCUAUCAUACUUUUACCGGAGAAAGCCGUCAAUACUGUCGAUAGCCAGCGCGGGUGGGAUGGAGGUGAAUAAUGAGAUCACGUCAAAACACACCAUCACGUCAUCUGCCUCUACUUCGAGACGUUUGAUGCCCGCCAAACAACUCUUCAGCCGACUUCACUGUCCACUCUGAAUCCUUGGUAGGGGAACAAAGUCGCUGGUACAGCCACUUUGACAGCCCAAAUGUUGGGGUACCACGUAAGGAGACGAUAGGGCGUAGCGGCAUCCCCGGCUUGCGGACUUUUGGUAGGCCGUAGAAGCGCGCCAUUGCGACAUCACUGGCUAUUGCGGCCAGCACUUCCUUUCGAUUAAGAGCGCCCGCCUUCCUCAGCCUGCCGAUCGUUUUGUUUAUGCUGUUUACUAGUUUUUUGAACUUGGUGACAGUCGAUGGCGCAUAAGCUUUCUUGUCCAUCAAGAGGUUGCCUAAUUUUGUACAGUACUCAGCCUUAUCCAUGACGACAGUCGAGCGCCCCUUGUCGGCGGGCAGGGUGACGAUAUCCUCUAGUUGUCGUAUUUUCAAAAGUUCCCGAUCUUCUGCCUUCAGAAGCAACCACUCCCUUGGUCACAAACGCAGUUGUGUCAGGACCCUCCUCCCACGCCUUCAAACACACUACAGCGACGACAAUGGGAGGAAAGAGGAGAUUAAGUACUUGCACGCUCUAUUUGGAGCCAACGGUUUUACCAAGUCCUUCAUACGAAAGUGUCUUAGGAAGCCCCACCCUGAGCAGUCGGGCGGGGAAAACUCCAAAAUUUUGGCUCGCAAUCCCUUAUGUGGAAAACGUAUCAGAGGCGACGGCAAGAAUCCUGAAGUCUUUGGGGAUCGGUGUGGCUCAUAAACCGAAGUCAACAACCAGACAGCAAAUAAUGAGGCCCAAAGACCAGCUACCAGUGACAGAACAAUCAGCGGUGGUCUACAGCAUACCAUGCCAAGACUGUGAUGCUAGGUAUGUUGGUGAAACGAGGAAGCGCCUUGCCGUGAGCACCAGCUUGCAAUCAACCGCAAGGACAAGCUGUCUAUGGUUUAUGGCCACGUACAACAGCAGAACCACAAUUUCGCAUUUGAGAAGGCAAGGGUAAUCGGCCGAACCAAUGAUAAGAUGGCCAGACUGAUGCUCGAAGGUUGGUCCUCGACUGGCACACUCAACAGAGCCAUAGAUCUGCAUCCUGUUUGCGCUCUCACUCUUUUCCUAAUCAAACAAGUGGCUAAGUCAGGUAUGUUAAUUGUAUUGUUCAGACGGAGUGCUUUUUUGACGGUUCGCGUACAGGGCCCACACACUGCUGAGUCACGUACCACUUAAGUAUAAUUUUUUUUCGGAUGGAAAUCGAGGCAGACGUCCAGGAGAGUUACUAUUGGAAAACCAGCACGUAUGAGCAAACGCCCCACCGUUAUCGGUAUUUUUUUGAAAAAACAUGUUUUGGGGUUUCAGUAAACAUCACUCGAGUUUUUCACGCACACUACAUAUCGAUAGCUAGUCGCAUUUUUCAGUGUUUGACCGAAGGCUACUUUCUUUUGUUAGGCGCACUAUUUUUUUGGCUUGGUAUUUUCAAAGUUACUUAAAAAACCCUGCAAGUUUCCCUGUUUUGCCCGCUACCCCACGUCCAGUGGUGGCAGCAGUACUCUCAGUUUCGUAGUCUAGCAUCUCUGAGAACGCCAAGACCGGUGACUUUUCUGCUUUUAUCUGGUGAGUAGUGCCGUCCCCGAUGCUCCCAUCUAUCGACUUGCCGCCGCCACCGGUAAACGCCAGGGUCAGCGCCCUAUUGGUUGGUUACGCGGCGUUGCUAGGCGAACAGUGACGGACAGUCACGACCAACAACUCGGUAUCGCCCUGCUUCGUCUUUCCGAGACCGCAGACUCCAUUAAAUCUGGUGAUCUCCUCUGGUGCAGACCGAAUACCACCGACCCCCUGCCCGACGAGGCCACUGAAGUGGAGAACCUGGAGGAGGGUGUCAUCCUCCGUCCCUUUGCGCCAUCCUGGUGGCCUAAAGACAUUGCCCCUGAUCUGCCCACGAACCUGCAAUGA